AUGCAAGGAGGGAUAGAUCAAAAAGAAUCACGAACAAAACAAAAUCAAGGUGGUCUCAACUCCACAAAUAAUCGCAGUGGUAAUGCUAAUAGUAAUCCUACUAGUGAUGAAGAUAUUGGGAAUAUCAUAACACUACAUAGAGCUGGCAAAGAGAAAAAAAUCAGUUGGGAUCAGUUGAAACGUCCACAUGCAAGGACUGUUAGUAAACAGUUUCAACAUGAUUUAGGAAAGUUUAACGGCAAUCCUUUAAAUAGGGACUUCAAUAACAAUUCUAGUAAUAAUAAUGAUAAUAAGGAAACCAAUAACAGUGGUGGAUUGUUACAAAUUGGUGGUCAUCUACCAAAUUCUACUAAUUUUGAUAAAUAG